GAAGAGUAUUUCGAUUCUGAAAUUGAACGUAGCAUGUCGCGAAUGCAGGCAGUCAUCGAAUUGGGUCGCUUUAUUCGUGAAAAAAAUAACAUCGGACUUAAGACACCUUUAAAAGAACUAGUAGUCAUACAUCCGGAUUUACAGUAUCACUCUGACGUUUUUUCUCUUCAAAAAUACAUUAUUGAGGAACUUAAUAUUAAAAAUUUAGUAGUCACAUCCGAAGAAGAUAAAUAUGGUAUUAAAUAUAAAGCGGAGGCUGAUUGGAAAGUUUUGGGUCAGAAACUCAAGAAAGGUGUUAUAGAGGUUAAGAAGGCGCUACCAACAUUGACAUCUGAUCAGGUUAAAGAGUUCCUUCGAACGAAAGAAAUGUUAAUCAACAGCAUUAAAAUUGUUGAUGAAGACCUUCAGGUGAUUAGGUACCACGAGAAGGCAGAUAGUCACUAUGAAACAAACACAGAUAAGGACGUGUUCAUACUCUUAGAUGUUAAGGUCUAUCAAGAGUUACAGGACGAAGGGUUGGCGCGCGAAGUUGCUGGAUUACAGGCUAUAGACCCUGUCUUAAUGUAUUAUAAAUUUAUAAAAGAUGUGGAUAAUCAAAUUGAGAGAAUACUUCAAACACAAUCUGAAGUUAUUGUAAAGAUUCUUAAACGUCCGUUAUUUCCAAUUUCUGAAAAAGCCGAAGGAACUGAGGUUAUUAUUGAAGAAGAACAAGAG